UUUCUAAUUCCAUUCCCUCCGAGAACAAAUUGGUAUGCACUCAGUGGGGACUGUCUUUGUUUUCCAGCAGCGCCAGUCCCAGAAUAUGGCCAAUAAUGUAGCUGAGGGGCGGGGAGCGGCAGCAGCAGCAGCAGCAGCAGCAGCAGCGCGGUCUGCAGACCCACCGAGGCUGACAGUCUGGCGGAGUGCCGAGGAGGAGAGGCAGCAGGCAGCGGUGCUGGUGGCGGGCAGAGAUGGACUCACACCUCUGAAACACAACUCCAAUCUCCAGUUUACCUCACGCAUCUCGGACACCUGGGAACGACUACUUGCUCUUUUCUUCUUCUUCAUCUACUUAUUUUAAGGAGGUUUUUUUCUCGUGGUGUUUUACGCCACCAAAAAAAAAAAGCAGGAGCGGGAAGCUUUACAGUUGCAUUCCUUUUCGUCUCACCUGCACGGCCGGUGAAGAGGUCUCGCUCUGUGAUAAUAAUGCAUCCCGACAAGUACUUACCUGAACUGGUGUCCGAGAAAAACACCCUGGACCCCACCUUCGUGCACGCUGUUCGCUUGCUUGCAGAAGAGAUUGAAAAGCAUGACGGUGAUGAAGUGAGAAAAGAUGGUGACAUGAAGAAAUACCUUGACAUCAUCAGCAAUAAAAAUAUCAAGCUGUCCGAAAGAGUCCUCAUUCCAAUCCAACAAUAUCCAAAGUUUAAUUUUGUCGGGAAGCUGCUGGGGCCGCGGGGAAAUUCCAUGAAGCGAUUACAAGAAGAAACGGGAGUGAAGAUGUCCAUCCUCGGGAAAGGGUCCAUGAGGGAUAAAGAAAAGGAAGAAGAGUUAAGGAAAAGCGGUGAGGCCAAAUACGCCCAUCUGAGUGAUGAUCUUCACGUUUUAAUUGAAGUCUUCGCUCCACCUGGAGAGGCCUAUUCCCGCAUGAGUCACGCCUUGGAGGAGAUUAAAAAAUUCCUUGUUCCAGACUACAAUGAUGAGAUCAGACAGGAGCAACUGAGAGAGCUCUCGCUGUUGAACGGCUCCGACGAGCCGAGCAGAGGGAGGAGUGCUCAGGGGAGGAGUGUACGACCGGCUAACACGAUAGCUACCAGGGGCCACAGAGGAACAGGAAGGAGUGCAGCAGCGCCCCGGGGGACGGCAGCAGCAGCCGCCGCAGCCGCAGCCACACACAGCAAACUUCCCACAAAUGUUUUAACGAGGGAGGGACAAGCUCCGAGAGCCAGGGGGGCAGCGGGGAACGCUGGAUACAGGCCCCCACUGUUAGCAGUCACACAUGACUCAUAUGACGACUACGGCUAUGACGACGGAUAUGGCGGGGAAUAUGACGAAGAGAGUUAUGAAGCCUAUGAGGACAACUACAGCAACCAGUCGAAAAGCAUUUCAGAAUAUUAUGAAUACGGACAUGGAACCAGUGAUGAAUCGUACAACAACUACGAGGAGGAGUGGGCCACUUCCCGUCCCAGUCUCAAAGCCCCGGUAUUACGGCUGACAAGAGGGGGCUACAGGAAACAUCCCUAUGGUAGAUACUGAAGGUGCUCCCUCCAGAAAUGUGACCUCCGAUUACAAACUCUUUCUAUAUUUUUUAAAUUCCUCAUAAAAUGUUGUAACGUUUGCUUUUUUUCUGUUCGUCUGCUUCAGACAUAGAAAUAAAGAAUAACCCCAUAAAGCACAGAAAUCCACAAACGUUAAUGUCACUGGAAUAUUCAGACUUUUUUUUACGCAUAUAGGAUUAAAGUCAAAAUUGGAAAAUACACAUGAACGGACACAUGAAAUGAUACCCACACGUGCAGUAAGGUUGUUUUCUCAAAUUGGCUGUUAAAAUGUUUUUCAUUCCUCCUCUUUCCCCUCAAAUAAAUGUAGUUAUUUCAGAUUUUUGACAUUAAACAGCAGACUUUAGGACACACUAGUUUCCAUAUGUUGCCUUUAAUGUAGUGAUUAUAAACUUUUACUGAACCCCUGUGCUGUGAUGCUACACAGUAGUUAAAAACAUCCUGGUCUUACCUUAACAACAGAAUGCAUCAGAUGUUACAGACCCCC